GCGGAGUUCUUAAAAAUGGAAUUACCCAAACGCCACUAAUACCCCUAUGGCUUCAUUGCAACACGGUCAAAUGACCACAGUCUGACAGCUUCCCAAAAUCUUCCUGCCUGUCUGUCUGCUAUAACUAUGGCUCAGUUCUUCCAUAUUUAUCCAUCUGCCGUGAACAAACAAUAACAUAUUUUCUGCAUUUCUUCGGACUGGAACAUGCAUAUAUACCUUGAACAAAAAUGUCAAUAUAGAACUCCAAGAACAACUCGAAAACCAGGUUUCAAGGAGCUCCGUGCCACGUUUCAAGAUUCUGAAAUCAAGCCAAGUAUUGCCUAACCCCAUUGACUGGAAAAGGGAGCUGGCAUACAGUCAGUCACUUCCGUGCAAGACUCGUAGGAUGCCGUGGGAGUGGAUGUGAGAGGGCGAAAAGUAACUUUGGCUCAGCGGUCUUGAUUCAUACAGGUGUGUACGGGGACUAUCGAGGAACCGCGGGUGGCGCGGAUCAGCUACAGGAGUAACCACGCCGCCGCUGGCGGUGUGAUCAGCCAGGGCAGCGGUUCCCGUUGUCAGCUGCAUCAGAUAUCCCGAAAGGGGAAGACCGAGUCACUUACCCGUGGGACGAUGCCUCAUCUAUGGCUGCCCGUGGUCGCGGCACUGCUGUCCGCGAACUUUAGCUUCUCGGCCGUUCUUCUGGAGAAGAUCGACUAUAACCAGAACUCCCAGUUCAUCUGUACCCAGGGCAUAUCAGACUGCAGGAUCCGGGAUGAGUUCCUAAGGAGGCCAGUGUGGGGUCCAGUGAACGUUAGUAAUAUGGAGCUUAAGCCACUGCUGUGCUGCACAGAACAGAGGAACUGCAGACCAUGUCUGGAGAUAAAAAUCCAGCUUAUUGUAGCAGGUAAGAUAUAUGAGGACCCGGAACAGUCUGCUGAGGAUGAGGAUGAUGUUUACAAAAGCCUGGAGAGUGAAGAAGCAGCGGCCUCGCUAAGCUUAUGCUACAACGCUCCACCUCUGCUUUCAUUCUGCAAGAGACUGGAGUUCAAUCUGCUCCCUGCUGUUUUGGAGGAGAAUGAUACGCCUGAAGUCUGGCUCUCCGUAGUGAUCUCUGAGAAGGUGUAUUUCGACAGCCAAGUAAUGGUGCAGGUGUAUCCCUCUACCUUACAGCGAAUCAUCACGUUCCCUUCCAUACAAGACGUCUGUUCUUCAGCCCUGCACAGAGAUGUGGAAGGAUGUGAUGUUCCCACAAUAAGGACUGAAAUUGAUUGGAAGAAGGCGGUGGUGACCCUGCAGCUGGAUGAUGAUGGUGCGGAGCAUAUCCGCUCCGCAAAGCUGUACAUGUCGUAUGGAGACCAGGGUGAACGGCCAUACAGGCAAUGGCAACAGAAUCACACAGAGAAGAUUACUAUUCCCCUGAUCUCAGUUGCCCCCUGCCUGUGCUUCAAGGUAUGGUGGACUGGCAGCAUUCACCCACUGCGUGCAAAAAGCUGUCCCUUUGUGAACCAAACAGAGUUAAUUAAAAACGUCUUGAACAAUGUCACCGUGUCUGUGGACCCGGUUCCAACAAACAACAAUGAAACUGCACUGUCCUGGACACUGAGCGCCCCCUGCAGGGUCGAUGCUGAACUGUGGCUCUGUCAGAUGCCUGAAGGAGGAAUAGGCCACUGUGGAGAAGUGCAGGGCUCACGAAAGCGGCUGCAUGUCGAGAAGCGAACCACUGGGAAGUUUAGUAAUAUCAUACCCCAUCCUUACCUAUGUGUUCAGGUAAAAGUCCUAGGGAAGGAUGGAGUGCUGGACACCAUUUGCCCCUUUGCCAACUCCCGGAGACGCUGGACCCUGGCUGUGCUCCUCGCCGUUCUCGUGGUCUGCCUGGGCAUGUUUGGACUCUACCUGCUUCAGGGCACCCUCAAACGUUGGGCUUGGAGGUGGUUCAAAGGCAGUGAUGUGAGAGGUGCCCUUGAUGGUGGGAAAGUGGUCUUACUCUGCCCCCCCGACCCAGAUCCAACCCUCCCAGCGCUGAUGUGCCGGCUGGGCUCGACCCUAUCGGCGCUGGGUUUCUCCGUGUCUCUGGACUUGUGGUGCAGCGCUGAGCUAAGUGCACUUGGCCCCGUGCCCUGGCUGCACUCGCGGCUUGACUGGCUACAGCGCCACGGCAGUGGAAAAGUCGUCCUGGUGAUCACCAGUGCCGCCUGGAGGCAAGCCCAAGAGUGGGCACGCAGUGGGCAAAAAGCAGGUUGUCCUGACUCAACAGCACCCCCAUGUGGCCUUCCUGCACGUGCUGACGUCUUCAGCGCCUCCCUCAGCUGCAUCCUGGCCGACUGUCUGCAGGGCCGGGCGGGCGAGCGCUUUGUCUUAGCGCACUUUGAAUCCCUGCCCCCACUGCCCCUAGGUGCCAGUCACUGCUUACCCGAGCUGUUCCAGGGCAUCCCACUUUACAGCCUGCCCUCUCAAAGCCUAGCCUUUCUCACUGAACUCAUGGGGGAUUGCGGGAAACAGAGCAGGAGGCGUCGAGCAUGCCGGUUGAGGGCGGGCUCCCGUGCCCUGGCCCUGGGACUUGGUAGGCCGGGAGACCUCUGGGAGGAGAUUCCAUUGAAUCCCUGCCGAAUGCCCCACUGGGUAUGAAAGACCGGAGGGAGGAACUUAAGGUGAUAUGGGUCUCCCAUGGGGGUAAGGGAGAUUCAGAGAACCUGGCACUGAAAAGCACUUUUUUUGCUCCUAGAAUCCUCUUAUAUGUAGAAUUUAUGGAGUUUUUAAACAUACCCUGGACAAAAAUGAAGGAGAAAAACCCAUGAUGUGAUAAGACGUCAUUCACAUGGACAUCCAUUCAUCUUCUUACACCUGCUUAUCCCUAGCUAGUUCUGCGGAGGGAAUGGGGCCUGGAGCCCGUCCCAAGUAGUAUAGGACACAUGCGGGGGUCCACCCUGGACAGGAUGCCAGCUUUACACACUAUGGGCAAUUCAGAAAUGCCAAUUACCAUAAGUGUUUGUCUUUGGACUGUGGGAAGAAAUCUGAUUACUGGAAGGCCACCUGCACAAUGCGGAGGAACAUGCAAACUCCCCCACAAACAGAGUCCUGCUACCUGCUGAGCCACUAUGCCAUCCAGGCUCAGGACAAUGUUGCUGAUAUUGCAGUGAAUAUGACAAGCUGGCCAGAUAAUUUAGUUAAGCUUUUAAGAUCUGAAAUGUGCUUUUUGGCAUUUGUACUGUCAGGUGUAUUUUGAAGGACAGAUAGAAACUCGUUUUCUAAUUUGCUUAGUGAAUGUACAUGUCACAGUGAUGGUACACACUAUUUAAGAAUAGAUGGUUGAAGAUUUGAAUCUUAGUACAUUUUAAUCCAUUACUUUACUAUGCCUUCAAUGUCAAUUAAAACUGGUUGAGAUAAAAUUCUCACUAAAUACACAUCUGAUGGUAACUAAACUACUAUGUAUAACACUGCUUGUCUUAAAGCUAUCCUUAUGAUGAAUUAAGCAAGUACAACUGUGUUGUCUGCAUUGUCUGCAAAGACUUAAAUAAAUAUAUAUUUUUUUAAAUGUG